AUGAAAGAGGCUAAACGAGGUUAUACAGGGCCGGGCCGGGCGCCGAGUCCCCGGGGGCGGCUCCGCUUUGUCCCCGGCCGGCCGGGCUCCCAGCGGACACUCACCCGGUCACGCGCCGUCCCCGCCUCCCGGGCGCCCAGGGGGCCGGGCCCGCAGGGCUCCUCAGCGGCCCCGCAGCCGCCGCCGCCUCCUGCCCGGCUCCGGCCUCCGCAGCAGCACCAGCGCUGGGGACAUGGUCCCUUUAAAUCCCCCCCCUCCAGGGGCCCGGCCAGUCCCGCGGCUGCCGCUGCCUGCGCCGCUCCGGCCGCUCCCCCGCCCCCCUUCCCGCGGCGGCGCCGCCAGAGCGCGUCACUGAGCGCGCGACAUUGCCGCCGACGACAUCUUGGAAGAGGCAGGGGAGGCAUCAGAACUGGACACAGGAUUCCAGCAAUGGUCACACCAAUACCAACCAUAGAGAUCUGCUUAAGCUUCAUCAGGGGAAGUGUGAGUCGCAAGAUUGAGAUCUCCAGUCCUAAUCUGGAUUCACCCUGA